AUGCAGGCCCUUGUUGGAAAAAGUGGAUCGGAAGACUCGAACUUAUUAGUCGGCAUGAACAUCAACAAUGACGCUAGAAAGCGAGCUUUGUUAUUACACUACGCAGGGGAACGUGUCUACGAAAUUUAUGAAGCGGAGAAAGGCGAAAGUGGAAACACUUAUGCAAAUACUAAAGAAGUACUUACUAAAUAUUUUGAACCAAAGACAAAUAUACAGAUAGAAAUUUACAACUUUCGCAGUUGCAAGCAGAAAGAAGGACAAUCCCUGGAUGAAUUUGUUACAGAACUAAGACAGUUGUCAAAGAAUUGUGGGUUUACUGAUGUUGACAAGGAAAUCUUGUCCCAAGUGAUCCAGCAUUGUAGCUCCAGUCGGUUUCGUAGGAGAGCUCUUCGAGAACCUGACAAAUCGUUAACUGAAAUUUUGGACAUAGGCAGAACAUUGGAACUUACAGAUAAACAUGCUGCCUCCAUGGAGAAUGAAUCUAUAUCAGCAGUCAGAUAUAACAAAAAUCAGCAGACAACACAGAGGGACACACCAUUAAGUCAUAAAGAAACCACCCAAGAUCGAGAUUCUAAGAAAACAUGCAAAAACUGUGGGGGCGCAUACCCACAUAGCGGGUCCUGCCCAGCUCAAGGUAAGACCUGCAAUUAUUGCAAGAAACUAAAUCACUUUAAGAGAGUCUGCAUGAAACUUAAGAAAAAAGAACCUAUUAACACAGUUCAGGAACGAGCCCCAGCAAAUGAUUCGAGAGUGUCUGACUCAUCUAGCAAAGAUGAGUACUGUUAUGGCGUGCGCUUUGACGAAGACUCCCACCUUAAGAAUGAGAAUCUCUUCAAAGGAAUAGGGAAACAACGAGACACUACGGUAAAGCUGCAUAUUGACGAAACUGUCAAACCGGUGGCACAAAAACAGCGCAGGACACCGUUUCAUCUAAGAGACAAAGUAGCAAACGAAAUUGAGAAACUCCUAAAAGAAGACGUCAUCGAGAAAGUCGAGGACACCCCUACACCAUGGGUAUCACCCAUUGUUACACCACCAAAAAAAGAACCAGGAGCAAUAAGACUGUGCGUAGAUAUGCGCGAGCCCAACAAGGCGAUUCAACGCGAGAGACAUCAAAUGCCAACCAUUGAUGAACUUAUCAAUGAUCUUAACGGGGCUAAAGUUUUUAGCAAGCUAGACUUGCGCACGGGUUACCAUCAACUCGAAUUACAUGAGGACUCAAGAUAUAUCACAACUUUUAGUACUCAUAUCGGCCUCUAUCGUUAUAAGAGACUUAAUCUUGGAAUAUGCUCGGCUUCAGAAAUAUUCCAAGAAGCCAUACACAACGUUAUUCGUGAUAUCCCUGGAGCAAAGAACAUUGCAGACAAUAUCAUAAUCUUUGGUACUAAUCAGAAACAACACGACAUCGCACUAGAGGCUACUCUCCAAAGACUCGAGAAAAAAGGCCUAACCCUGAAUAGGGAGAAAUGUGAGUUCAACAAAGAUGAAGUUGAAUUCUUCGGCUUGGUCUUUAACGCGAGCGGGGUAUCACCAGACCCGAAAAAGGUUGAUUCUUUGAAGAAAACACAAGCACCAGUCAAUGUAUCAGAAGUGAAGAGCUUUCUCGGCAUGAUGAACUACUCUGCGCGAUUUAUUCCUAACUAUGCCAUGCUGAGUGAACCACUUCGACGUCUCACACAGAAUGACGCCACAUGGACCUGGUCCACUGAACAAGAAAAUGCAUUUAUACCACUUAAGCAAUCCUUAACAGCUGAUACCAUCAUUGCAUACUUUGAUCCCAGCAAAGAGAUCGAAAUAAUCGUCGACGCUAGCCCCGUUGGUUUAGGUGCCAUGCUGGAACAAGACGGAAGAAUUGUAGCGUUCGCAAGUAGAGCUCUCACUGACACUGAGUCUCGAUACAGUCAAACAGAGAGGGAAGCUCUAGCAAUUGUCUGGGCGUGCGAACAUUUCGAUAUGUAUGUGAGAGGAGCCAAGAGUUUUAA